UCCGGGACCAGUUCACAUUCACCGCUAUACGAAACGCUAUGUUUGCGUUAAAAAUUCUGAUUGCUUUGCUGCCGCUUUUGGCGCUGGCCAAAGCCAAUGCCAUUGGGCAGCAGCCUCAGCUUGAACACCUGCUGUCGGAGCACUUUGAGGAAUUGGCCAGGGCGCAGAAAGUUGCGCCCCAUUUGGUGGAGCGCGUAAUGCAGAAAAUUAAAGAUGAUCAAACAGUGGAAAUGUCAUCGCGCAUUAUAGGCGGCUACGAUGUGCAGGGCGUGGAUAAUGCGCCUUAUCUCGUCUCACUGAGCCUUACCCCGCUCAUCUACAGUCAUCAGUGUGCAGGCUCCAUUAUUGGCAAGCGCUGGGUGCUCACCACUGCACAUUGCGCCGAGGAGCUGCGCAGCUUCAAUGGUGACAUCGUCGGCACUCCCAUCUAUGCGGGUCUCUCCAAUCGGUCCAACGUAAGCGACGCUCAGGUGCGCUACGUGGACUUUGCUGCGACGCAUCGCUCAUUCAGCGGCGUAGCCGGCAGCGACAACAUCGCCCUGCUGCACGUCUCCAAGUCAUUUGUCUACUCGAGUCGUGUCCAGCAAAUUUCUCUGCCAGAUCUCGACGAGGACUACAGCAACAAGACGACCGCUCUCUAUGGCUGGGGUCUAACCAAUGCUGAUGGUGAUGAAUAUUCGAAGAAGCUGCAGUAUGGAUUUGCUCCACUGCUAAAUAGCGUACAAUGCGCGAAGCUGUUGCCGGCAGAUGCGCCGCUCUCGAAGAGUCAGGUGUGUGCCCAGGUGAAAGCGUGCUUUGGAGACGGCGGCAGUCCCUUGGUUUACUGGCCCAUCGAUGGACCCGCCGAGCUUGUGGGACUGGGCUCCUGGACCUACAUACCCUGCGGCUACGCUGAUCGGCCGACUGUCUACACCUCUGUGCCCGCCUAUGUGAAUUGGAUCUACCAAGUGAUUAGCGCCUAUUACCAGCUGAACUGAGUGUCAGCUAGCACAGUCCUUAAGCUAAAUUCGUAUAGCUUUGAUCUUUGCGUAACACAUUUAUCGCCCAUUAAAGCAAACAACAACUA